AUGACCACCACCGACGACAUCGCGAAGCCCCUGGUCGACAGGCGGAGCUAUGCCACCGUCACUCUCCAGAAUGGCCUGCAAGCCCUCCUUAUAAGCGACGCCGUCACCGACAAAGCGGCUGCAGCUUUGGACGUGAACACAGGCAGUCUCGAUGAGCCGGACAGCGUCCUGGGCCUUGCCCAUUUCACAGAGCACAUGCUGUUCUACGCUUCCGAGAAGUACCCCACCGAGAGCGAGUACAGCAAGUUUAUCCAGUCCCACGGAGGCUCGACGAACGCCACAACAGCCCUCGAGAACACCAGCUACCAGUUUGACGUCAAUUGGGACAACCUGGAGCCCGCCCUCGACCGCUUCGCGCAGUUCUUCGUGCGGCCGAUCAUUUCGCCUGACGGGGUUGAGCGGGAGAUGAAGGCCGUGCAUUCAGAGCACAGCAAAAACUUGAACUCUGAUGCCUGGCGGGCGCUGCAGCUGUCCAAAACGCUGUCAAAAUCUGACCACCCAUACCACCGCUUUCACGUGGGGAACCUGCAAACCCUUGGAGAGGCCCCUCGGGCAGCUGGAAUCGAACCACACAUUGCCGUGAGAGAGUUCACGGACAAGCAUUACUCUGCAAACUUGAUGAAGCUGGUGGUCUAUGGCCGCGAGUCGGUGGAGGAACUACAAAAGAUGGUGGAAGAGAAGUUCGGUGGCGUAAUCAACAAGGGAAUUACCAGGUCCCAAUUCUCAGGUGAUAUUUUCGGCAAGGAGCAUGUGCAGCUGCUUUUGAAGGUUGUUCCACAAAAGGAUGAUCACACCUUGCGGCUGCAGUGGGCAGUUCCACCGGAAUGGAAAGUGUAUUGGUGUGCACCUUGCCAUUAUGUAUCCAAUCUGCUGGGCCAUGAGGGCAAGGGCAGUGUCUUUGCCCUGCUCAAGGAGCUGGGAUAUGCUACCAGCCUCUCUGCAGGGGAGAGUGGCACAGGUUUCAGUGAAAGAUCCAUGUUCCAUGUGUCAGUGGAGCUGACCGAUCUUGGCAAUGAAAAUGCUGUCACAGUGUUAGACAUCAUCUUCAAGUACUUGGCAAUUCUGCAGGGCGAAAGGGGGGUCAGCGAGGAGAUUUUCAAUGAGCUCAAGGCCAUUGAUGAAAUGUCCUUCAACUUCAAGGAAAAGUCGGACCCCUUUUCAUACACCAAGACUGUGGCACACUCGAUGCACUGGUCGCAACAACGUGACUGGCUCAGACCAAACGUGUCACAGGAAUACAACCCAGAGGCAAUUCGAGCUGUAUUGAAGGAGCUGACACCAUCGAAAUUGCGGGUUAUGUGGAUGUCAAAGACUUUCAAAGGCACCACAGACCAGGUGGAGGCAGUGUAUGGGACAGAGUACUCCUGUGAAACAAUACCAGAGGAGUGGAUCAAAAGAUGGACAAACCCAGAACAGGACGACAGGCUGCAUCUCCCAGAACCAAACCCAUUUGUUCCAACUGACUUCACACUGCUAAAUGAACCUGGCAACACUCCUCAUCCCCAAGAUGUGUUCUCUGGAGAGGUGGUCAAGAUGUGGAAUGCAGCUGAUACAUCUUUCGAAGUUCCCAAAGCACAUGUGUACCUGCGAAUACUCUGUCCAAAGGCAUACGAGUCGCCAGAGUCAGCGGUGUUGAACAGGCUUUUUGUGCACCUAUUGACAGACAGCAUGAAUGAGCUUGCCUACCCAGCUGAAAUUGCUGGCCUUUCGUAUGGAAUUUGUGCAACCUCAGUGGGAAUCAGGGUGACAGCAACGGGCUACACUCACAAACUCAUGACCCUUGUGGAUAUGAUACUGGAUCACAUGUUGGGGUUGGAGAUCAAGGAGAGCCGAUUCCAGAUCGUCCAUGAGCAGGUACAGCGGGAAUAUAUCAACCAGAAGUACAUGCAACCCUACCAGCGAGCCAUCUACACAACAGGAGUCAUCCUGGAGCAUCCCAAAUGGCACACAGACAUGUACAUGGAGGUUAUUAAGGAUCUCGCUGUCGAUGACGUUGCAUCCUUUGUGAAGGACUUGUUCAAACGGUGCCACAUCAUUGGUCUCAUCACUGGAAACAUGUCGAAUGAGCAGGCUGCGGCCUCGGCACAAAGCCUGGAACGCAGGUUCAGUUCAUCCAAGAAGAUUUUUGCCCCGCAGUUGAGCUGUGAGCGGCUUGUAAAGAUUAGGCAAGGCUCCAGUUUGAGGUUUUCUGAGGCGGGCCCAAACCCUGAAAACGACAAUUCUGCAGUCAAUGUAGUGUACCAGAUUGGGCCCGACAACUUACGCACGAACGCCCUGUCGGAGCUGCUGGUACACAUCGGUGGCAGCGAGGCAUUCGAACAGUUGCGGACCGUGGAGCAGCUGGGGUACAUCGUCGUCAUGCUCUCCUGGGAUGACUUGACUGUUAGACACGUGAGGUUCAUCAUCCAGUCAAGCUCGCAUUCAGCCUCGCACCUGGAUGCAAGGGUGGAGUCGUUCCUGGAUCAGCUGCAGCAGCAUCUCGAAGGGAUGGAUUGUGCGACGUAUGAGAAGGAGGUGGAGGAGCUCAGCAAGGCGAAACUCGAGAAGCCAAAGCGCUUGUCUGAGCUGGCAUCGCGCUAUUGGCACGAGAUUGUCGACGGGACGUACUUGUUUGACAGACAGGAACGCGAGGUUGGAGAGCUGCGAGGUUUGACGAAAGAAGACUUCAUAGAAUUUUUCAAGUCCAUGGUCCAUUCCAAGCAGGGCCAGAGGAAGUUGAGCGUCCAUGUGGUUGGGGCUGCGGAACUGCAGCGCCUGGGGACCGCUGAUGCACCGGAAGGCGAGGGAGUGAAGGGCGUGAGUGAUAUUUGGGAAUUCAAACGGGGGCAGGAGUUGUAUGCAUCUGUCGGUGAAGCAGCUGCGAAACGGUCACCGAAAUAG